AUGUCACGUUCCAUCCCUGUACAUGUGCUCAUUCUGCUCGCUCAAUCCCUGCCGAGCGCUUCUACUUCAGCGCACGACACGAUCCACUCGAGAGCUCAGCAUGAUGCUGAGUUGCACAUGCUGUGGUGGCUCCCAGUAGGAGGACGCUAUGUGAACCCGAGCUACCCGAGCACGAGAGUCACCUUGUUCUCUCCUUUGGAAGGAAGCACGUGCCCUGAUGGGCACUUUGUCUUGUCCUACGGCAUCGAGAAGCCGCUGCAAGGAAGCUACCUGCGAUUCCAACUUGAUGGAGAGGAGAUGGUAGAAGUUGGCGUGCAGUAUGUGGGGAGCAGCACAUGGAGGGAGCACAAGGUCAAGGCAGAGCCCGGGAACCAUGUUCUGACAGUCGACAUGCUCGCGCCAUCAGGGAGCCUCCAUGGUGAAGAGGAGGAGGAGCUUUUGCAGAGAUUGAUGACAACGUUCACUGUUUCUUCGGAACCGAUCUAUGAGACCGAUUUUGAAUACAACUACAUGCCUAUGGAUGUUGUAUGUAAUGGAUUUGCUUCCAAGAACAUCAAACAUCGGUGCAUAUCGAGUAUUUCUCCUGCAAACAAUCUCCAGAUUCUCGUACGGAUUUCUAGACGUGCCCCGUAUGUGCAUGAUGAAGCGGAGAAAAGCGUAGGAGAAAAUUUCAAUCUGAGUUGCGCUCGAGUCCAGAUUUCAACGGUUGACGUCAUGCAAGUCCCUCGUGAAGCAUAUCUUGUAGUAGAAGGGUUUGACGAUCAGCCUGUCCUUGUGCUGAAUGAUACCGAGAAGUUCAUGUGUGAGGAUGUCGGGAGAAGUUCAUCCUUGCGGAAGUUCACCUUCUCUCUUGUCGAGCUGAAUGCGAUCAAGAAUGGCGACUUGGUCCAAGACUGGAUCUCUCACAGAGUCGGGGAGGAGCACGAGCUGGAGGUCAAGCUCGCGGCCGAUGAAACGUGCCCAGAUGAAGCAAGACACGGACGUAGCGAAACUCCUGCCGUGAUAUCCCAAGAGAGAAAAUCUGCUUGGGUGACCAUCGUAUUUAGCGAAGAUUACAUCUUCGGAGCUCUUACGCUUGUACGAGCAAUUCGGACAGUGUGCAAAGAUGAUGAGGCAAGAGAUGUCCUGAUCUUGCUUGCAAAUCACAUUGGGGAGCUUCUGAAUCUCAGGACAAUGUUGCAGCAGUACGACGUCAAAGUGAAGUUGAUUGAUCCGAUUUACUCUCCGUACAACGAAGUCGUCAGAGAGAGCUUGCGUGCCGGCUACAGCAAGUUGCAUGUAUGGAACCUGACGGAGUAUGAGAAGACACCUUCCUCUUCAGUUGUCCCAAUCAAGCUUUCUCUCAUGAGCGAUUCAGUUUGGAGGGCGAUGGGUCUUCCUUCGUACGACGGGAGUGACGCGGGUUUGCUCCUGUCGCUGUUUCCUGAUCAUCUCCUGUACCAUCCGAGCCUGGUUUGGACGGAUUUCAAGGUUGCAGGGUUUGACUUCACCGGAUUGCCGAAGCCAUGGCAGGAGGGAUGGCUGAGACGAGAAGAUCCAGUGGAUAGAGUUUGUUACUUGCCGCUGAUGCUGGAAUGGUGGGAAGACUUCCACAAGUUAAUCGGAGAGGUCCCGUUCGACGAACCUCCGAGACUGGCGCGUCUCCUGGGAGAAGCUCGAAGAGGCUGA